AUGAAAGGAAAAAGGCCAACAAAUCCGUCCUGUCUGUACAAGGCUUUUAGCACUGAUGGCCAACGCUAUACUUUCCAGCUUUUGGCCUCAGAUGGUAUGCUACACUCUAGCAAAACCUAUGAUACUGUGGAUGAGAGGGAUCUUGAGAUUGUCACACUAGUCAAAGGAUCACGCACAGAAAAGGAAGAGGCGGUCAAAACUUAUGCACAAGACACAUUUUGGGAGAUAUUCAAGCCACCUCUGUACUGCUCAGACAGCGAAGAGGAAGAACGGCCAGAUUUAGAUCUUGAUACCUUUGCAUUGCGAGAACGAGGCAUGCUGAAGUGA